UACAGGUGCGGAGCUAUAUAGCCAUAUAGGAAUACCAACAACAUGAAAGCCUGAAAGUUUGCAACAUACAAACCAAUUCUAGCGCUAUACCCAACCUGACAAGUAAAAAUUACAUGUGUUGAUUGACAACUUAAAAGCACACCUGGUGUUGAAAUUAGGUUGGCACGUUUACAUCAUAUUUAUACAGCAUGUAAAAUCAUUUGGUCUAUAUUGCAGAAAUAAAAAGAGAGGCAAGACACCACCCUUACAUAGGAACCCGAAAACUUACAGACCUAAUACAAAAACUAUUCAUGUGCCCUGGACAGCUUGACUCCAAUAAGCAGCGGAAGAAAUGGACUCGGCUCGACACCAACCAAAGAGGGCUCGGCCUGCAGCAGGAGAUUAAACACGCGUCGCUAUUCUGCGGGGUGUCGCACGGGUUGUGGCGUGCGGCACUGCCGCAGAGAAUUUUUUUCCGUGUUACUGAUUGUAAUGCAGUUAUUUGUGACAUAUGUGAAGACCCAGGUCAUUUGGCACCUAAGAGCAUCCCCAGCAGUUCCUCUAACCGGUCAUCCGUCCUUCAUUUGCCGUAUAGAAGGGGAAAAAUCAGCUCGAGCAGAUACGCUAACAGGCCCUCCAAAAGGGGCGGAUGCGCCAAAUUAGGAGAGAGAAGAAGCAAAAAUGGAGUGUUUCUCUCCUCACGCCAUUUUGCAACAGCCGCCUCUCCCGCCCCCAUCCAGACUUUUCCGCGACGCGACCUCACCUCCAGCGCGACCUCCCCUCCAUCGCCGUCGUCGCCGGCCGGUGAAGGUGAGUCAGCGGACGGUGGAGAGGGAGGGUGGAGUGAGAGUGGAGAUCGAGAGGUGUACCAGAUCUGGAGCCGCGCCACCGCCGUCUGUAGCCGUCGCCCUGCCCGUGGCUGACCGCUGGCGCCCUCGCGAUGCGCGCGGCCGCUGCUUGCCUCCUCCGCCGCCGCCGCCGUCGCCAUGCUCGCGGCCGCCGCUUGCAUCCUCCGCCGCCGCCGUCGUCACCAUGCGCGCGGACGCCACCUUCCGCCGUCGCCCAGUAGCCCGCACCGUUGUUCAGCUCGGCACCACCCUGCCCUGCAGCGCCGCCCGCGCCGUCCCGCAUCGCCCCUCCGUCUGCCGCACGCACGCACCCGCGAGAGGAUAAGGUAUUUGGAGGAUCAAAUAUGGAUGAGCUGCUAGGGAUGCUCUAAUUGCCCACUUCUUCUCGCUCCUAAACCCACUGCAAUUGUGUGGCUGGGGUGUAGAGGGUGGUGGCUUCUUCAUGAUUCCUACACCAGCUAAGGUAUCAGGAAGACCAAGGGAGUUUAGUAAGACUGCAACAGUUCGCGUAGAGAAUGGUCACAUUUCAAUUGAUAAUCUCACCACUGAGCUGCGCCGGUUGGUUCCCGUCAGAUUUGAAGUAAAGGAGACGGCACAGGAUACAUUUGUUGUUCAGUUUCCCUCUACAAUUGAAUUAGAUAGAUUGCAUAGGGUUGGCAGAGUCCGUAGCUUUGAUUUUGGUGUUGAUUUGUUAUUUAACAAAUGGGAACAGGAGAUUGAGGCAAAGUUUGUCCUGAAGAAGACAUGGUUUCGUGUCUAUGGUGUUCCAUAUGAAAUUAGGGACUUUCUUAGCCUUCAUGCUGUCGGUUCUGUCAUUGGAAAUACAACGAUGGUGGAUAUGGUUUAUCUUCGGAAACACGGGGUCGUAAGAAUGCAGGUUGCGGUGGAUGAUUUAGCAACUUUGCCGCCCAGUGUGUACAUUGUGUUCCGUAACCAUGGGUAUGAGAUUUUCUUUGAACCAGAAAUGCCCGAGGAGGAAUCGAAAGGAAAGGAAAAGUUAGACGAAGAUGAUCAGCGUGAUGACAGUGAACAAAAGAGGAACGAUGAUGAUGUCAUUAUGGAAGAUCGGAAUCCAAAGCGACUAAAAAAUGAAGCUGCGUCAUCCUCAAUGUCAUUAAGAGGAGGCUCAGUUACAGACUCUCAGCUUAAUUCACAUUGUGUUUCAGCGAUCGCAGGGUUGCUCACUGUUGUUGAUGAUUCUGCAGUAGAGCAGCAAGCUGAGGAGGUUUUGCCAACAAUUUGCGUGGCUUCUAGCUUGGAAACGGUGAUGAACAAGGCUCCAGAAGAGAGCUCAAUGCAGAUCCCAACUACCGGACAGAACGUGACCUUGGCAAAUGAAGAGGUGGCUGCUUUGUCUUUGGCUGUACCGGAUAGUGUGGCUGCCAUCUCAGAGGAAGAAUUUACAACGACAUUGACGGAUGCGGGAGAGAUGGCACCGGCAGGUUGUGCAUCUCUCUCGGAGGCUUCGACGGGAGCAUCAACACUAGAAGGGGCUGUAACUGUGUCAUUGGCUGCUCCUGUUGUCAUGGACGACGCAGCCCAGGAGAUCGAGUCGGACAAGGUGGGCUUGGUGGCUGCCGAUGCUCCAACUUUGUCGGUCGAUGCAACUCAGGUCUUGCCGUCCUCGUCAACUGGCACAAUGGACGCUGCUCCAAUGGUGAAUCAGGAGGUGACAGAGGUAACCACAUCACAAGACUCGAUGAUUUUGGAUGUCGGGACUGCAGGUGUUAACACGGUAAUUGAGUUGGCUGCCGAUGGGGCACAACUUGAUGCAGCACGCACCAUCAUCGCUGAAGCAAAGGUGCAAGCAGAAGCAGGUGGGAAGCGUCCCUCUCAAGAAGCUAAACGUCGCUCUCGUCGACUGAUUCAUCCUACACCAACACGUCAAAGUGAAUGACAGAAGGCAAUGGCAAACGGGGAUGCACCGGUGGCAAACCGAGCAGAGUUUCUAAAAAAGAUUCAUAACCUCGAAGUGGUAGCAGGUUAUCUUCAUGUCUUCCUACUGGCUCCACUUUUGGUCUACAAUGCUACCACAUGAGGAGCAGGAUACUAUGCGCAAUGGUGCUACACUCUUGGAAUCGGUAGCCAAGGGUCUCUUAUUCCACUAUGGGUGGCAUAGUUCCAUAAGAAUUGCUAGCUAAAAAUUUUUACGUGGUUUAACGCUAGUCAAUAAUAAAGGGGAGUUGGAGAUUUGUCCCAUCACCUUAUUUCUCGUUUUGAUUUAUUUUUAUCUUACCUUUUUUAUUACUUUUAAACUUAUGGCUGUGUGUCUUAUGACAGAAGCCGGAGAUGUAAUCCAUUUCCAUUAUCUAAAAAAAUACAACUGCAGGAGCUUGUUGGUACUGAA